AACCAGUAAAGAUCCCGAUAUACAACAGUCAGAGAAUUCUAUCAAAUCAAGAGCACCAUUACCUCAUUUAGCUAAAGAGGAUAUCGAUUGUAUAAUGUAUGCCAAGGAAUUAAAAAGUGGAUUUAAAAAAGUUUUGGAGUGUAAAUUUGAGAAGGUGAAUACAUCGCCUCAACUAACACCUCAAAUAGAUAUAUCUAAGAAACCCGAUAUUGUCAAGCCUGAUCCCAUCAAAGUAAAGAGGAUACGAAAACAGGAUGAAAUGGAACAAAUUGCAAAGAAUAUUUUUAUAUCAGAAUUGAGUAAAUUAAUACAAGCUGAUGACUAA